UACAAAGUGCUAGUUCUAAUGUUACAAGGAAUACCAAUCCGUGUAGGAUUGGGAAAUCUAGAACCUUCUCUCCUAUUGCUACUCCUAGUUUGAUAAGGCACACUAAAUCGAUAUUCCUUCAACAGAUUGAAACUUAAUUAGGAGCGCUAUUUGUAGAUAUUUCUUAGUGUGAACAUUGUACUACGGGGUAAUGCUACCAUUAAUCGUUUGCUGUUGUAGUAUAUAUAUAUUUAUAUGUCUAUCUCAUGUAUAAAGGGGGAUGCUUAAGUGUAAAGAUAGGAAUAAGUGACUUGUAUGAUAAGCUUUAUGCCAAAGGGGAACAAGCAUGGUUAUCUCUAUCAUCACAGCCACAAUGCCACAUGAGAAAGCUAGAAAUGGAGCUGUCAUCCAAGUUGUAUUUCAUUCUUUAAGCAUCUCACAUCUCAAAUGUAUUCCUAUAAAUACCUCCUUGAAUGAGAUGAAUAAACACACUUGAAAACUCCAUUCUCUCUUUGGAUUACUCUCUCUCUCUCUCUCUGUGUUUCAUUUUAUAGUUGUACUUAAACACGUUAUCAGCACGAAAUUGCUCUAGAAUUAGGAUCGAAGUUGAAAGGAGAAGAGGUAGUUCAUAAUCCAAUCGAAGCCAUUUUUUCAAACUUACAAAAAACCUCCAAACCCUAGCUCAUAUCAAAGCCCUUGAUUCAAGAAGCCCAGAACCGGUUUCAGAAUCCCCAGAACCGGCCGGAAACCACCCGAACCGGCUGCCGGAAGUUCUGAAACGCUGCCCGAGGACCUGCGCAGCAGCUGCCGAGCCCCUGCCGAAGUGCUGCCGAGUGCUGCCGAGCCCCUGCCGAAGUGCUGCCGAGCCCCUGCCGAGUGCUGCCGAGCCCCUGCCGAGCCCCUGCCGAAGUGCUGCCGAGUGCUGCCGAGCCCCUGCCGAAGUGCCGCCGAGCCCCUGCCGAGUGCUGCCGACAGCCCCUGCCUACCCCCUGCAUACCCCUGCGCAGUAGCUGCCGAGCAUCUGCCGAGGACCUGCGCAGCAGCUGCCGAGCACCUGCCGAGCCAUCUGCCGAGCAUUUGCCGAGGACCUGCGCAGCAGCUGCCGAGCAGCUGCCGAGCCAUCUGCCGAGCAUCUGCCGAGCAGCCUGCCUAGCACCUGCGCAGCAGCUGCCGAGCAGCUGUCGACACAUCUGUCGACAGAUCUGUCGAGCAAUUUUCCGGCGACUUUCCGACAACUUUCCGGCGACUUUCCGGACACUUUUCCGGCGACUUUCCUGACACUUUUCCGGCUACUUUCGGACACUUUUCCGGCGACUUUCCGGACACUUUUCCGGCGACUUUUUCCGGCAAUUAUUCCAAGGAUGUCGAAUGAACCUAGACUCGACUUUCAAAUACUUGACUCAACGGGUUCGGAAUACCAUAGUUGGGUAACCGACGUUGAGAACCACCUCACUUCAAAGGGAAUAUUGCCCAUAAUUCCAGCUCCUGAUCCAGGCCUUGUGUUCCAACGAACACCUACAAAGCAUGCACAAGCUAUUAUCUUGAUGCGGCGCCAUAUGGAUAAAGCACUCAGAUUAGAGUACAUGUCAAUCAAAGAUGCAAGAGACCUAUGGGUAGCGCUAGAAGAGCGUUUUGGCAAUAUCCAAGAUACCCUCCUCCCUGACUUGAAGGUUCAGUGGAAUAAUAUACGCUUCUCCGACUUUAAGUCUGUUGCUGAAUAUAACUCGGAAGCUCUUCGCCUCAAAUCCAUGUUGAGGUUCUGUGGAAAGCCUCUCACAGAAGAAGAGCUAAUUGAGAAGACUCUCUCCACCAUUCCCGUCUCAGCAAUUGUGAUAUCAAAGCAAUAUCGCACCGAAGUCAAUGCUGGACGAAUUACAAGGUUUAAUGAGCUUAUUAAUCUUUUGUCGGUAGCUGAAAAGCACGACAACAUCCUUGUAAAGAAUUAUCAUUCAAGGCCCAUCGGAACCAAGAGCGUCCGUGAGGCAAAUUAUAAUGCACCCAAAAGAGGGCGCAAGCAGCAAUACCCUAAUAACAGGGGACAUGAAAGGCGUACGGGCCCAUAUAACCACUCCAAUAAAGAGAGAAACCGCAACUUUAAAGCGGACACACGUGGUGGUAACUCCACACGUGGUGGCUUCACACGUGGUGGCAACUCCACACGUGGGAGAGGUGGAUACGAUAACAAUAAGGGCCGUGGAGGUCGCAUCAUAAGACGUGGUAGUAGCAGUAACCCUCCUAGGGAAUAUCCACAACGUGGACAAACUGCACCUCCAAUGAAAGGAGGCAACCAUAAUGACGUGUGUCAUCGGUGCGGAUCAAUCGAGCAUUGGUUCAAGCAAUGCAAUGCAAGUACUCAACUAGCUGCAAGCUAUAAAGAGUAUAGGCAAUUCAGGGAGCAAGAAGCUAACCUUGCCGAAGAUGAAGAGAAUGAAGAUGUCAAUCUCACCAUAGAAGACUUCAAAGCUAAACAAGUGCACGAGGAUGCAGCAGACUUUGAUUAAAAUAGUCUUUUCUAUUUCCCAAUAAUGGCAAACGUGCCUUAAUCAAAUUGUAUUGACUCUCUCUCAUGUGGCGUACCCAAUGAAGUAUGAUGUCUAGGAAAGUAAUUGAGAUCAAGGUAUUUAAGCGAGCCUCGCUCCACCAACAUCUCUCUACUUUCCUGGUCAUAUUUCAUUGGAAUUACCAAA